ACAAUCGUCCUCGGAGUAAAAGCGUUAUUAUGUAAAAUUCAUUGAAAUGUAUCCCCCUGAAUACACAAUUUUACGUAAAUCCUUUGUGAAUGGUGUAUUACAAAGGCUUGUUAGCUUGUAUAAUUCCUAACAAUGCAUCGAUUUAACUAUGGCAAAAAGAAAUAAUCGGUUUUCUGUCGCCGACCACCUGUGCUCCUAACAUUGGAGUUAGUUGACCAAAGAAACAACUGCGAGGAUGUCACACGGAACAAAAUAGAUUCACUAUUUUCAACAGCUAUAUUAUGAAACUGGUAAUCAGAAUUGUAACUUUUUACGUAAUGUUAAAAUGCAUUCAUUCGCAUUACGAUUACGGCGACUACUACAAACGAUCACCGGACGAUGGAUAUCAAAAUAUACCACAAAUGGGUUAUUUAAACAAUCCCGGAAUGUAUCCUAUAUCCAACAAUUAUAACUACAUGCCAGAAGAAUGUAUUUGCUCCUGCGACAUUUGUUAUAGCAAUCCUAAAGAAUGCUGCAUGCAGUACUGUACGAAAUGUACUGAAGAAAACCGAUCCGAAUUAGUAUAUUACCCUUAUCCAUAUUAUAUAAUAAAUUCGCCAAGCCCUUCUAUACCAAAACCAACAGAGGCUCAAAUCAAAAUAGAAACGACAACAACGACAACGACAACACAAGCAAUAACUACAGAAACAGAAGAAGGUUUAGAACAAACAUCGAUAGCGAGAAUGGAUAAUGAAGGUUUAUCAGAAGAUGCGAUACAACAUAGUGAUAUUAAAGAAUUGUUGGAGAACGCGCGAUACAACAAAAACGACGUCAAAGUAAUGCUAACAUCAUUAAGACGUACAAAACCCAGAUGGAUGCCCAAAUUUGGAAUUGUGCCGAUACCUGAUCAACUGGCGGAGAAUUUAAUGUUAAAAAUUAGGAAUAUGAAAGUUCUUCAUCCAGAGAAGGAUACACUUAGGAGAAUAGAAUCGAUAUAUCCUAGAUCUGAGCAGUAAUAAAAAUAGUAUUAUACAAA